GCCCUCGCCGCCAAGAGAGCCCAGGCAGCGCUUGUCCCUCCAGAGGACUUUUUCAAGCAAGGCGACUACGAAGGAAGGUACUCCCGCUUUGACGACCGGGGCGUGCCUACACAUGCGGAGGAUGGGAGCGAGCUUCCGAAAAGUGCAGUAAAGAAGCUGGUCAAAAUAUACGAGGCGCAGGUCAAGAAGUACAGCAAGGCCACGGCAAGCGAAGUUGAUGGCCAACCAAG